AUGUCUCGAGAAGCAAGCCCUGUCUUGUUUUCCGAUGCGCCAGACAAAACCGCCGAAGCGGUGACCACAUUCGUGCCGCUUGCUGAAUGUACGUAUCUCACCAAGCAGUUGGGCGGCUCGGGCCAGAAAGAAACCAUGACCUGCGACUGUGUGGAAGAGUGGAACGAAGGAAAAGCCCAGAACUUGGCCUGUGGCGAGGACAGCAACUGUAUCAAUCGAGCCACGUCCGUUGAGUGUGUGAACGGUCUGUGUACGUGCGGGCAAAACUGCCAGAACCAGCGUUUCCAGAAGAAACAAUACAGCCUGGUGAAAGUGAUCCAAACAGAGAAAAAAGGUUACGGGCUUGUGGCACAGGCUGAUGUUCCCGAAGGUCUGUUCGUGUACGAGUACAUCGGCGAAGUCAUUGACGAGAAGACUUUCCGGGCCAGAAUGCUUGACUACGACAGAAGAAACCUCCGCCACUUUUACUUCAUGAUGCUCACCAAAGAUGCGUUUAUCGACGCCACGGAAAAGGGCUCCUUGGCCCGUUUUUGCAACCACUCGUGCCUGCCCAACGCCUAUGUUGAUAAGUGGGUCGUGGGCGACAAGUUGCGUAUGGGUAUUUUCGCCCGUCGGCGCAUUUUGGCCGGAGAAGAAAUCACCUUCGACUACAAUGUCGACCGUUAUGGUGCCCAGCAGCAACCCUGCUAUUGCGGAUCGCCCAAUUGUAUGGGUUGGAUCGGUGGAAAAACUCAAACCGACGCAGCGCUUUUGCUUCCUGAUGGUAUCUCUGAUGCUUUGGGUGUCACUAGACAACAGGAGAAGGCAUGGCUUAAGCAACACAAGAACAACAAAAGCAAAGCUGACAAGGACAAGAACGACAAGAGUGAUUCUGGUGUGAAUGACGAGUUUGUUCGUUCUCUCGAGGUGGAACCAGUCCCACUCUCUGACGUCAAUAAAGUUAUGGGCGCAUUGAUGAAAGUCGAAGAUGACAGUCUUGUUUCUAAGCUCGUGGAACGGUUGUUCUUGACUGAAGAUGCUAAAGUUAACACUGCAAUUGUGCGUUUCCACGGUUACAAGACCCUCUCGAAGAUCUUGAAACAGUAUGGCACUGACGACGAGUUGAGCUUGCGCAUUUUGCUGAUUUUGCGCCGCUGGCCAACCAUGACACGCAACAAGAUUGAACUGUCCCAGAUCGAAGAUGUGGUUAAACAAAUUCUGUCCACUCUGGAGAAUCAAGAUAUUCAAAAUUUGGCGGCAGGGCUUCUUCUGGACUGGAGUAAACUAGAAAUGGCCUACCGUAUUCCGAAGAAUAAUGAUGCUUCUGCUCGCGAAGCAUCUACUGGAUCGAUGUCACCUAUGCUUGGUAGAAAUGCGCGUCUGGAACUGCCCAGAGAUAAUGACGCCCAAGCCACUGGUGUAGACUUGGAUGACGACGAUGAUCUCCCCGAAGGAUGGCAAAAGGCUAUGGAUCCAAACACAAACACAGUUUACUACUACCACACUGGCCUUGGUAUUUCCAAAUGGGAAAGACCGUCUUCUGCUGUUCCUACGGGGCCCAAGGCGCCUAGUGCGCCUCAAAAACACAAAAAGGCUGAAAAGCCCAGAUCAAAAGAUACUAGACCAAAGGAUGUUAGACCGAAAGGGCCCAGACCACGCAAUUUCUCUGAGGACGAAUUCACUCGUUUACAGGAGGAAAAACUCCAAAAGCAAAAGGAGGAACAGUUUAAUGGCGUGGUGGAAAAACAAAAACUCUUGCAAGAUUUGAUUCUCCAGUCUCAGAGAGAAGUGGAGGAAAAGAAGCGACUCGAGGAGAAGCUUAAACAGGAAAAGAUCGAAAAAUAUAAGGAGAGACGGCGGAAGAACGAAGCGGCCCGCUCGUCUUCAUCAUCUUCUUCCUCUAAAGUUUCCAUAGAAACACUUUGGACAAAAACUUUAGCCAAGUACAUCCCUAACAUGAUCAAAAAGUACGAGGCAGAUAUUGGACAUGAGAAUAUUAAAGGAUGUGCCCGAGAAUUGGUGAAAAUCUUAGCAGGCAAAGAAACAAAAAAGGCUCCCGACACCAAGCCUCCACGUGAACUUGACAAUGCUAAAUUGAAGAAACUUAAAGAGUUUAGCAAAUCGUUCAUGGAAAAGUUCUUGGUGAAAUACCGUGCAAAACGGGCCAAGGCAUAG